AUGUGUCAAGAUAAAGGAUGUAUAUAUCAAGAUAAAGAAGAUAAAUCUCGAGACAAAUCAGACUGGGGCCGAUCAAGUUCUCGAGACAGACAAAUUCAAAGCAGUUUAGAACCUCAUGACAAUUCAAGACCAAGUUGCUUACAAUUUCAAGAUCGAUCAAGCAGAAAUAAUUUGCCAAUUCGAGAUAAUUCAAGACUAAGUCACUCACAAUUUCAAGAUCGAUCAAGAAGUAGUAGUUCGCCAGUACGAGAUAAUUCAAAUCGAAAUGAUUCACUAGCAGUUUCAAGUUCUCCAACUAUUAGACAUAAAUACUUAUUUAUUUCUGACCUUUCUCACGAUCUUCGAGUUGCUAUUAGGGUAAGCCAAUAUUUGUUUCCGGUUUCAGAAGCUAUUGUACGUGAAAUGAUUUAUGUUCAUCAUAAAGAUCAGUGCAAGGAAUACAAGGUUAAACAGCAACCACUUAUGUGCCAGGAAAAACGUAUCAAAGAGAAAUAUCAGAAUGGCAGAAGAAAUUAUCUGAUUAAAGAUAUGUCUGUAUACUAUUCACCUGAAGUUUCAGAAACUGAAGAAGAGAAUCUUUCCAAUAGUAGAAAGAUUGUUACAAAAGAUUUGGAAUGGUGCUCAACUACCAUAAGAUUAAUGAUAACUAUU